ACGUCUUCACAACGGUUGUGUUAAUUCAGAUCACUUUUGAAGCAGUGAACUGUGAAGAAUGCGUGGAAGGAAGCAUAAUCCUUCAAACUGAAAUCUGAGUCAACAUUCAUCAAAAUACUACUACUAUUCCAUUACAAUGGAUCAUUUUCUUACUGCUAGAUUAGCUUCGAGGAACCUCAAUAUUGUUGUUUUAUGUCACAAUGCUUUUCUUUUCUUCACUUCACGUACUCGAUCUAUAUCAAACACCAUUCACCAUAAAGGUGGAAACUUUGAUGUUUAUAGCCUCAUAAACUUGUGUGAGUUGUGCCCUGAAAUGGCCCUUAAACUCUUAAAAAGGUUGCAAUUGAAAAACCCAGAUGGGUCAAAUGCUACAGUUGAUCUUCUCAGAAACUAUGGAUUCUCUGAGACCCAGCUGUGUCGUCUUGUAAAGAGACAACCUUCUGUGCUUUUGUCAAAAAAACUCAAGUUCUUGCAUUCUAUUGGGUUUUCAACCACGGAUCUACCCAAAAUCCUCAUUGGAAACACUUCAAUUUUGGGAUUAAGCUUGACCAAAACCAUUAUCCCUCGUUACAAGAUCAUUAGGAGUCUAGUUUCCAAUGAUAAGGAAGCAGUUUCCACUCUGAAGCAUGGGUUGUGGUUCUUUAACAGAAGAAAUGGAAUGGAUGAUUCAGUUUCAAACAUAGAGGUCUUGAGACAACUUGGGGUGCCUCAAAGUUCCAUUUCCCUAUUAGUGACAAAUUUUCCUACUGUGGCAUUUAUGAAGCAUUUGAGAUUUGUUACGGCUGUGAAUAAAGUGAAGGAAAUGAGGUUUGAUCCUUUGAAGUCAAAUUUUCUUUUGGCUGUUCAAGUGCUUACAAAGAUGAAUGAAGUAAUGUGGAAAUCAAAAUUAGAGAUUUUUGAGAAGUGGGGCUGGUCCAGAGAUAUGUGUCUUACAGCUUUCAAAAGUCAUCCUCAUUAUAUAAUGGCUUCUGAAAAGAAGAUAACAAAAGUACUGAGCUUCUUGGCGAAGGAUAUGGGUUUGCCCCUAGAAGACAUUUGCCCCGCAAUUUUUAAUAACAAUUUGGAGAAGACAGUUAUUCCUAGAUUUGCUGUUGUUAAAAUUUUGAAGUCUAGGGGUUUGGUAAAGAGUGAUUUAAAAUUAAGUAGCUUUGUUCGGAUCAGUGAGAAAGUGUUUUUGGAGAGAUAUGUGACACGAUUUCAGAAAAUUGCGCCACUACUAUUUAAAGGAACAUAA